UGUUGUGAGGAAAGAUGAUGUCGUGGCUUCCGGUCUCACACCCGACAUUACAACAACAAGGGAGCUGGGACGAAGAGACGACCGGUAACGCAGCCAGAGUAAAAAACAGAAAUCAAAGAACUAACACCACGGAAGAAUUCCACCAACUUCUCGUACGGAGAUGUUGUAGAUGGAAACCCCCCCACCUCUGUUUGCAGGGACAGUUUGAGGCGUGAUUUAGCUGAGUCCAGCAUGGAGAGGAUUUGAAGUCCCUUCCUCCUCAGGUCAGUCCUGAGUUGAAACACUAAGCUCAGGUUCUUCAGAGCCUGCUAGUAAUAUGAGCCAUGGACUCCUGGGCAGUUGAUAGUCCUGUGACCCUGGUCCUCAAGGCCCCCAACCAGAAGUAUGAAGACCAGACCAUAAACUGCUUCCUCAACUGGACCGUGGAGAGGCUGAAGACUCACAUCUCCAACGUGUACCCCAGCAAGCCGCUGUCCAAAGACCAGCGGCUGGUUUACUCAGGAAGACUCCUGCAAGACCACCUGCAGCUCAAAGACGUGCUCAGAAAGCAGGAUGAAUACCACAUGAUGCACCUGGUGUGUGCCUCUCACCCCCCCGCCUCGCCCUCCCCACGCAGCCCCUCCACGGCCAACUCUUCUGCUCCUGACUCCAGCAGUUCAGACGGUGCCAGCUCUGCCUCCGCUGCCAGUCAGCCCGCCUCUUCCUCCUCCUCCUCCUCUUCCUCUUCUGUCCCAGGAAGUUAUGAUGGCCUGAGGUAUCGCGGCGGCUUCCCCCAGUCCAACCCUCAGAGCCCCGCUGGAGUCCCUCAGUGGCCUGACGGAGCGCAGGUCCCGUUGCAGGGCGACCUCCCCGCCAACAUGCCCCCCCACCCCAUGUACAUGCCCAUGCAGAUGCUGUGGUGGCAGCAGAUGUACGCACGCCACUACUACAUGCAGUAUCAAGCAGCAGUAGCCGCCUCCCAGCCUCCCAGCGACCCCCCUCCCUCCCCCCCCUCCUCCUCACCCCAUCAGCCAGCCCAGCCUAAUGAAGCCGUGCAGCCCCCCCCCCCGCUGGGACCCAACCCGGCCCCCAACCCGCUGCCCGAGAACCAGCCGGCCAACCCCAACAUCCAGAUGAACGCGCAGGGCGGCGCCGUGAUGAACGACGACGAGCUGAACCGUGAUUGGCUGGACUGGCUUUACACGGUGUCGCGCGCCGGAGUGCUGCUCAGCAUCGUCUACUUCUACUCCUCCUUCAGCCGCUUCGCCAUGGUGGUGGGGGCCAUGCUGCUCGUCUACCUGCAUCAGGCCGGUUGGUUUCCCUUCAGGCCGGAUCAGCAGAACGUCGGAGGAGGAGCAGCAGCUGCAGCUGCGCCUCGAGAGGAAGCAGAGAGGCACCAAGACAUACAGGAAAUGGAGCGUCUGAUGGACGAGGGUCUGGAGGAGGAGGACAGCGUGGAGGAGGGGGGGGGAGUCGCAGAGGACCAGGCUGCUGCUGCCCCCCCCGAGCCUCCCUUCCUCUCCACCGCCUGGUCCUUCAUCAGCACCUUCUUCACCUCGCUCAUCCCCGACGGACGACCCCAAGCAGCCAACUAGGCAGACCCCCCCCCCCAACCUCCCCCUGCCUGCCUCCCUCCUUCUGAAAGCAGCCACCUCUCUACAGAAGUAUCUCCAGAAACGCCCCCAAAAUACCCCCCAAAACGCUCAGAUACACUUUGAUCAGAGACUGCCCAGCCUGUCGGAUACCAUGCUCCGACAUGCUGCCAACUAAUGGACUGAUGUGUAAGAUAAAGCUCCUCUGGAAUGUGCGAGCAGUGUGUAAAGAAUAAAGGAAUAUAUAGAAAGUGAAUCUCACGUUGUGUUGGUGGAGUAAGUGCUGCAGCUGUGAAAGUGUUUUUCUUUCAUCGAUUGUGAGUUCAUUGAGAUGUCGUGAUGAAGGUGAGAAACCCCCGAGAGGAGCUGUCUUCCAUUUUAAGCUUCACGCUUCGGAAACUUUUUAAAAAGGGUUGUGACACCCCCCCCCCCCCACCCCCACCCCCACCACCCCAAAAAAAGAAAUCUCCCUGAAAUGAGAGGGAGCUUCAUGAGAACAUAGCAUCCCUGCAGACGAUGUGCGUCACGACAUUGCAGCUGCUGAAGCACAUUGUUUUCCAACUGUGUGUAUUUGAACAUUAUUUACACAUGUAAGUAUAUGCAUCUUUAACUCCUCAAUAUAUGCUUUUUUUGAAUAAAAAUGUUGCUGCGGUUACCACG